CGCAGCUCCCGGUUCGGCGGCGUGUUCCUCUUUUCCCCAAGUUCCUGGUAUCCCGGCCGGUGAGCGACGCCGGCUUUUGGCGGUCUCGGUGCUCCGGAGUCUGGCUGUGGUCUGUCGCUGUCCGUCUGUCCUUCAGCUUGGGGCCGCUGCUCGUGCGCACAAGCCGCCGCACGCCACAGACUCAUGGCGGAGCGCGGGGAACUGGAUCUGACCGGCGCCAAACAGAACACCGGCGUGUGGCUGGUCAAGGUUCCUAAAUAUUUGUCCCAGCAAUGGGCUAAAGCCCCUGGAAGAGGUGAAGUUGGGAAACUGAGGAUUGCCAAGAAUCAAGGAAGGACUGAGGUAUCGUUUACUUUAAACGAGGAUCUUGCAAAUAUUCAUGAUAUUGGUGGGAAACCAGCUUCAGUCAGUGCUCCUAGAGAGCAUCCAUUUGUCUUGCAAAGUGUUGGAGGACAGACGUUAACAGUAUUUACCGAGAGCUCCUCAGAUAAACUGUCAUUGGAAGGAAUAGUGGUACAGAGAGCGGAAUGCCGACCUGCUGCCAGUGAAAACUACAUGAGAUUAAAGAGAUUGCAAAUAGAAGAGUCUUCCAAACCUGUAAGGCUAUCACAACAGCUGGACAAAGUUGUAACAACCAAUUACAAGCCUGUUGCUAACCAUCAAUACAAUAUUGAAUAUGAAAGGAAGAAGAAAGAAGAUGGAAAGCGAGCCCGGGCAGACAAACAACACGUCCUGGACAUGCUGUUUUCCGCCUUUGAGAAGCAUCAGUACUAUAAUCUCAAGGAUUUGGUGGAUAUCACAAAGCAGCCCGUGGGUUACCUGAAAGAAAUCUUGAAAGAAAUCGGCAUUCAGAAUGUAAAAGGGAUUCACAAGAAUACGUGGGAGCUGAAGCCGGAAUACAGGCAUUACCAAGCUGAAGAGAAGAGUGACUGAGAAGCAUGUGCUGGGACACUUAAAGGCAGCCAUAAGCCUGCGGCUCACACCAGGCUGACCACCUGCUGUGACAGCACAAAGACAACAGUUCUGCAGUUCUCUCAGUAAACUGUUAAAGCUGGAUUCCAUAAUGUUUCUUAAGUAUUUUUUUGAAGAGAAUGAUGUUAUUUAUAGACUAAACUUGUGUUAAGCCAUAGCAUUCAGCUGGGCGUGCUAGCGCAUGCAGGUGUCCAACACUUAGGAGGCUGAGGCAGGAAGAGGUGAGGUUGAGGCCAGCCUGGAAUACACAGCAAGACCCUCCCCCACGAGACAAAAUCUUCUCAUGGUAUAGGUGGGGGUGUGGGAAUUGAAACUGCUUUUGCUUUUAAGGGUUAACUUUUCAAGUAUCAGUAGGAUAUUUCCUAAAUGAAAAUUGUCUAUCUCUGAGGAACUAAGGUAAGGUCCAAAGGGAAGGGGAAAGUGGGAGGGAGGGUUAUCAACUACAGAAACUAUGAAAGGAACACAGAGUCCAAGUUCCUUUUUCUGAAACUGAAGAGGGAAUUUGUCUCCACAGAGGUAUGUUCACCUUCAAGCGUACAGUAAUAAAGGGACCUGUUUGCUUUCUACUAAAUGGCAACUUUUAUCACUGACUUAUUUUACCCUUAUGAUAUUGGUAAGGGAAACAGAACUGUAGAUGUUAAUUAAUGUGCCUUUUGUUUAGUUUUAAAAUAGGAAAAUCUGGGUCGGAGGGUGGGCCCAGGUUAUGGGCGCACACUGCUCCCGCAGAGGACAUGAGUUUGGUUCCCAGCACUCAGAGUGGCUCACAGCUGCCUGUGACUCCAGCUCCAAGGGAUCUGUGCCCUCUUCAGGUCUCCCCAGAUAUCCACACAUACAUCACACAGACACAUGAAUGAAAAUUAAAUAUCUUUCUAGUCUCAGGAUAAAUCUCCUCUAACCAGAUAUAAGUUUCUCGGAGACUGGCUUCGACCUGAGAAUCUCACUUCCCACUCUGCAGGCAAGGCCUGACCCUUGGCUCUCAGAUUCCAUUGCCAACUGAGUCGGGACCAGAGGGUGUUAUAACUGAGGCUGGCACUGUUUCCCAGAGCAUCAAAUGCCCUUUUCUCAUCUUCUUUAAUUGAUUGUGGAUGGAAGCGGUCCGUGCUCACCGUGAGUUUCUUCUAGACAAAAUGCCAUGUAAGCAGUCCAAAAUCACACCUACAAAGCAAAAGAUGAUACUCCAACAAAGUAAGCACAGGAAAAGUCACUUGGAACACAUGUGCAUUUUAUCCCCUGCCUCUGGAUGCCUGCAGCCAAGCCAUACAAAUACCGGUAAUGUAAGAAAGUGUUACAUGAUUAAAGCAAAGAAAUAAUUUCUCAUUAACAAAUGGAACUUAGUCAGAGGUGGUGGCACAAGCCUUUAAUCCCAGCACUCAGGAGGCAGAGGCAGGUGGAUCCUGAGUCCCAGGACAGCCAAUACUAUACAGAGAAGCCCUGUCUUGAAAAACCAAAAAAAAAAGGAAAGAGAGAAGGAACUUACAACAUUGUUUGUUUUUAGUGGCAUAUCUCCAGAAUGCUGAGGUUGAGUGCUACAACCUCAGAAAAGUGUUGUCUUUGUCCUCCCACUGUAAGACAAGCCUGCUAAGGAAGGUAAUCUUAGUGCCUGCCCACCCUCGACUGUCCUACCUGCCUUGUUCUGAUGCAGGAGUCAAAUGUGCCCUGCCCUUUGUCUCUGCUUUUUAAAAAUCCUUUAUUUGUCCUUCAACAGUUUCCUACAUGUAUUCACAUCCACUGCAACUUCUACCCCUCCAUCUCUGAGUGACUAGAAGCCCAGUGUCCAGAAGCCCACGGUAACGGCGUGGUAACUGCAGAACUUAGUGUGUUGGGUAAACUGUACAGUAUAUACCUUCCCA